AUGUCCACAAACGCUCGGACAGUUCCGCGGCGCUCCUGUCACACCGGCUGCUCACACACCUCUCCUCGCUCCCCUGCCUCCCGCCGGGCCUCGGGGUCUGCAGACCCCAGGGGGCCCAACGACCCAGUGCUUUGCAUCAUACUGCACCCAGUGUGGGCCAGGGAGACUGGCUUCCAGCCUACGGAGGCAGACAGGCUGCACGUGGCGGGCGGCGGGGUGCUCACGGAGGCCAUCGUCCACGCCCCAGACGCCAUCACCCACGCCCCAGAAGCCGUCGUCCACGCCCCAGACGCCGUCGUCCACGCCCCAGAGGCCGUCGUCCACGCCCCAGACGCCGUCGUCCACGCCCCAGAGGCCAUCGUCACGCCCCAGAGGCCAUCGUCCACGCCCCAGAGGCCAGAACCGACUCUCGGAAAUCUGGGUGGGGGGGCGGGUACAAGUAUCAUCACCCCUUUCUGCAUGUCGGAAACAGGCAUGGAGCAGUGA